UUUUAAUAUUGAUAUUUAAUACCUAAAUGACAGAUUCAGCAGUUGAGAGUUACCCAAUUUAAGAAAAUAAUUCAGACUUAUAAGAGGUAGCAAUCGUUGAUAUAAAUUAGAUGAUUUUAAAAUAGUUUUAACAAUAGGCUUUAACUCAUUUUAUUUCUAAUACUCAGCAUAAAGAAAGAAUUUUAUAAAAUGAAAAUUUUAAACUUAAGGAAGAAAAUAAUAAGUUAUAAGAAAAGGUUAAUAUGCUUGAAAUAAAGCAAGAAGAACUAGUGAAUGAGGUUUAAAUUUGAUAUUUACAUUUAGAUUUAAGAUCUUAGAUAACUUGUAAAGCGAGUUUAUAAUGAAGGAGAAAUACAUGCAGAAAAGUUAAGAAUGAAGAAUGUAUUGAUUAUUAUAGAUAUAAUAGUUGGAACUAGUACAAUAAAACGAAACCUUAUUAAAAGGCUUAGAAAAUUUACAAAAUAAUAUACAAGACUUUUCUAACCUGAAACAAAUGAGUGAAUUUUAUGAGAAUGUGCAAGAGUUUGAAGUAAUCUAUAAAGAUGAUAACUGAAUUUAAUAUACAAAUUUAUUAUUUAAUUAAAAAUAUGU